AUGGGGCCAGCUGCCAAGGCGGAAGAAGUAAAACUUCUUUGGCUCCAAACUGCGAUGGACGAGGAUGUGUCUCUGCAAGGUCUGAACAGCAUUCUGUCUGGCACGGAAGGCCCUCGGGGCGGCCUGUGGAUUUGGGCGCUGGGCAUUUUGUUUGUCCUGCGUGAAGUGGAGCUAGGAUGCCUUACGUUGGGCUGCGUCAAGCUGGAUGCCAAUGCCAAGAAGGUCACACUGUGUUUGCCGGUCUCCAAGAAGGAUCCUGGAGGCCGAGGUGCUCGGCGCUCUAGAGAUUGCCGCUGUGGGGGGCUUCGCUCUGUCUCAUGCCCGUGGUGCGUAGCGGUCACGUUGUUUGACGAACAGGUGCUACGUCUGGGUGGUUUUGAGGAGGAGGCCCCUUUGUUUGGCACGGUUUGCUCUGCCCGGAGCUUCGUGGCCAAAAACAAGAUGAUUGAAGAGGCACAGGCCAUGGCGUCUCUGAUCAAAGAGCGAGUUUCAGAUGCGGAAAAUCUGAGAAUUGAGGCCGUCACUGGACAUUUUAUGCGCAGAUCGGGAGUGAAGAUGCUUGCGAGGUCUGGAGUGGCCCUUGAUUUGAUUCAGUGGUGGUCCAGACACUCCAGUGCAGCGAUCUUGGGAUACGUAGAAGAGGCCAUGGAAGAGUGCCCUGAAGGCAAGGACAAGCUGCAGAGCUACUUGUCUUUCCAAGAGCAACUGGCUGCGAUGUCGACUGAGACGGGAACGCUCAAGGACAUGGCUCUUCAAAUUGCUGUGAGAGUAGAUAAUCUUGAAAAGGGUUCGUUGUGUGAUUUUGACGUCGCUGAGCUAAAAAGUGAUCUUGAGUCUUGGCUGACGCCGGAGUUUGUCGUAAGUGUCCGGUCUAAGAAAAUCCAUUCUACGCGAGGCUGUAAUUUCAGAAAGCCUCCUCUUGAAUGGACGACUGUGUGUGGCUGGCCGUUCAAUGAAAGUGGACGCAUGGCCAAGCCGAUGAGCCGUGAAAGGUUCGAGACCUCGAAGCAUGAGCGAUGUGCGAGGUGCUUCCCGUGA